GAUUAUUAUUAUGAUAUGACUGAUAUGUUCUACGAUGAAAAAUGCCUGCUAAUGUUUUAUGUUGAUGCUGCUUUCUGGACAGUUGGGCCACGACAUAUAUGUGGCCCUUUAUACAUGCCUUGGUUCUGUCUUUUCAUUUCCUUUGUCAAAUACUUCUAUACAGGUCUCCUCUCAAAGAGGUUGGCCUUUGCUUCUGCACAUGGCUUUACUGUUGGGCGUUCGCCCGUGUCAUUCAUUCCUUUGAAUUACAUUUCUUUUGUCAAUCAAAUCUAUGUAAUAUGAAAUCAUAAUUUGCAUCACAUAUACUUCUAAUCUCUUGGAUCAAUUGACCACAAUAUGAGACUCACA